CCGACCGUUUGCAACACUGCAAUUAGCCUAACAUAACCUAUUAACACAACAGAACAAUUAAUUUAAACUUUCCGUUUUUCUAUGGAACCUCAUAAUUAAACCGUCUCAAAGCCACACGAUGAAAUCUCAAACCGAAUACAAACUAAAGUCGGCGCCCGAGGACGCCGUCUCGUCCGUCAAGUUCGGCCCCAACAGCAACCAGUUUUUGUUGGUGGGCGCCUGGGACGGCUACGUACGAUUGUACGACGUUACCGCCAACAAUUUGCGGCACAAGUACCACCUGGACGCGCCCGUUUUGGACUGCUGUUUCACUGACGCCGUUCAUUCAUACUCGGGGGGCCUGGACAGUAAGCUCAGGACGUUCGACUUUAACACAACCACAGAGAGCACCAUCGGAAGCCACAACGACGCAAUUAAAUGUGUGGAGUACUGCAGCGACGUGAACGGCAUACUGACGGGCAGCUGGGACCACCAUAUAAAGCUGUGGGACCCGCGAACGCCGAUGUGCAACGGCAACUACAACCAAGGCGACAAAGUCUAUGCCAUGAGUGUGUGCGGUGAAAAACUGGUGGUCGGGACUGCGGGUCGCAAAAUAUUAGUGUGGGACAUACGGAACAUGACCUACGCCUUGCAAAAACGCGAGUCCUCGCUCAAAUACCAGACCAGGGCCAUCAGGUGUUUCCCCAACAAGCAGGGCUUUGUGCUCAGCAGCAUCGAGGGGAGGGUGGCCGUCGAAUACCUGGACACGAGUCCAGAAAUACAAAAGAAGAAGUACGCCUUCAAGUGCCACAGGAUUAAGGAGGAUGGGACUGAGAAAAUAUACCCAGUUAACGCCAUUAGUUUUCACCCCAUUCACAACACGUUCGCCACUGGGGGCUCGGACGGGUACGUCAACGUGUGGGACGGCUUCAACAAGAAGAGGUUGUGCCAGUUUCAUCAGUACUCAACUUCCAUCACGUCCCUUAGUUUUAGUCAUAAUGGUUCUGUGCUGGCUAUUGCCUGCUCAUAUUUCUUAGAAGAAGACAAUCCUCCGAACCCGCUUCCGGAGAACGCAAUUUACGUACGAACAGUGACUGAUCAAGAAACAAAACCCAAAUACAAUAGUUCAUAGUUUAUUUUAUAAAUUUUAUCCAUUUACGUUUCGAUUGCAUUUUAGUUAAGUAUUUAUAUUUUUACUUAUUUGUAUCUUGAGUUGUAUUAUAAAAUGUGUAUAAUUAAAUCUAACACAAGAGACUUAUUAUUGUACAGAUGAAGAAAGUUAUUGCUGGAAAACUCAUUGCUGAGCCUUUAUUGCAGGCGUCUGCGUCGUCGCAGCUUUGUACGCAGCCUCUGACGUAUCUACAACAACGUGAAAAACAUUUUUAUACUUGGAUAUAAGGGAAUA